AUGACCACCACAGUCCCCCUCAUCUCGAACGCAACCUCUAGCCACCAAAACCACACAGUAACCCCCUUCUCUCGCCUCCAGUCAUCUCCGGCGGCACUGCACCCACCUGCGACGCUUGCAAACAACAAUUUUUCUCCUCAUCCAUCUUCCCAGACCGUAAAUCUUCGCCACCCACUUCUACGCGCUCUCAACUUCUACCGCUUCCAGCACAACUCAUCCGCUCUCACCCAAAUCCUCGCCCAGCUUGUCGUCUCCGGCCUCUUAUUCAACCCCUUCGCCGCCGGCCGUACCCUUCUCGCCCUCUCCUCACUUCCCUCCUCCCUUCCCCUCGCCGUCACUCUCUUCUUCGUCCUUCCCCAACCAGACGCCUUCGCCGCCAACAUUCUCCUCCGUUCCCUCUUCACCGCUGGGCUCCCCACCGCCUCAGCACAAGCAGGAUUUGAUCAAAUGCCUGAAAGAGGCACAGUGUCAUGGAAUGCAAUGAUAAUGGGCUAUGGACUACAUGGCCAAACUGAUGCUGCGCUUGAGCUGUUGCUGGAGAUGGAGAAGUGUGGCUCAAAGCCAAAUGGAUCAACUUUUGUAUGCAUUCUCAGUGCUUGCUCUCAGUCAGGCUCUGUGCUUGAGGGAUGGUGGUGUUUUGAUCAUAUGAUUCGUGUUUAUAACAUUAAGCCUACAGUUGAGCAUGUUGGAUGCAUGGUGGAUCUUCUCGGCCGAAACGGUUUGCUGAAAGACAACGCGGAUUUUGUGAAGGAUUUGACAAAAAAACCACUGAAGGCAUUAUGGGGUUCAUUGAUGUCGUCUUGCUGGACACAUUCUAAUUGGGAGAUUGGGAAGUUUGUCGGGAGAAAACUAAUAGAAAUGAUGCCUGAGGAGGUUGGGCCUUAUAUCUUGCUGUCCAAUAUAUGGGCGGCCGAGGGGAAGUGGGAAGAGGUGGAGAGGGUUAGAGUGAUGAUGGAGAAGAGGGGCUUGCAGAAGGGUGCUGGAAUGAGCUUGGUUGAACUGGAUAAUGUCACAGAUGAGAGUUUGAGGGAGGAUAAUUGGUUAGGUUGCAACCCAAAAAAGAGAAUAGUCUACUCUCUGCUGACAGAGAUGGGCAGUAACUUGAAGAUGUCGUGGACAGAAUUUAGUGCGAGCAAAGAGUGUGCGUGA